AAACUGGAUUUGUGGGUUUUCCCAAAUUAGGCAAAAAGCAGAAAUAAAAAGCCCGACCGACAGACGGGAUCAUCGUCCAGGUGGGAAGUGUUUGUGGUUGAGUUUCCUGUUCCCGCAGAAACAUGAAGACUGUGAUGCUCGCUGUGCUGCUGCUGCUGGCCGUCAGUCAGAGUGAAGCCUUGGAGUGUCACUGUGGAGGCCAGAAGUUCUGUUCACGUCCUGUGGAGACGUGCUCCAGCUCCAACGACGUCUGCUCUACUCUCGUCAUCACUUCUGGGCCGGUGGUAACGCACACAAAGGGCUGCUUGAAGUCGCUGGCCUGCAGGAUCCUGAAUCGUCCGCCCGUGAUGACUGCCAGCUGUUGCAGUUCUGAUCUGUGCAACAGAUAAACCGCUGCCACGCGGGACGUCGCCCGAUUGGUCGACGCUCUGCUGCCAUGUGUUGUGUACUCUAGAGCAAUAAAGAUCAGCUGACUGUA